CAAAGGUACUCCUAUCCUGGGAAGUGGUUGGUAUACUCUGGUGAUGUCAGCCUCUUGCAGAUGCACUUUGGCUCUGGCAAAACAGUUGACAAAAUUAUAAGCCAUGAGAAAUUCAACACAAAAACGAAUGACAAUGACAUUGCUCUACUAAAGCUUGUCAGACCCCUGUCAUUUACAAGAACGGUGAAGCCAGUGUGUCUCCCCAACGUUGGCGUGGACCUCUCCGAACUUCCAGCCUGGAUCACAGGUUGGGGAGCCUUGAGGUCAUCUGGGCACACCCCUGACAGACUGAACCAGGCCCAGGUCGCCAUCUACAGCAGAGAGAACUGUAACAGGCCCCAGGUGUUGGAGGGACAAAUCACUCGGACCAUGAUCUGUGCCGGAAAACUGCAGGGAGGAGUGGACACAUGUCAGGGGGACAGUGGGGGGCCCCUGGUGGUCAAGGAAGCCAAUGUAUGGUGGCUGGUGGGGGACACUAGCUGGGGGAUUGGAUGUGCUUUGAGGAACAAACCGGGAGUCUACGGAAACGUUUCCUACUUCAUCAACUGGGUAUAUGAGCAAAUGCAGAAUGAGUGACUGAUUUCUCUGAAGAGGAGCUUCUGUCAAUAAUCAACGUUACUUACUUCAUCACACACUUUGCACUUUAAAUCUCAGAGGAUUUAUUGAUCAGGAAGAAUUUUGCACAAAAAAAAGGAGGAUUGUACAAAUUAACAGAACUAUAGUUUCAUUCUUUUAUAAAUGUGAUAAAAGUACAAAUUGAAUGCUUGCAUUUGAACAAAAAUCCAGUUAUUUACAUGUUGUAAUAAAACACAUUUUGCAUAAAGAGCUGAGUUUAAUCUGUGAGAAAUGCCCUGUAGAGACAACUCAGAGACUUUCUAAGAAAAAUAACUAUUUACAGUCGGAUGUUAUUAUCCUCUUGUGUGUGUCAUAUUUCCAGUUUAAUGACAUGGCUGCGCCUUCCUAGGCAGUUAUCAGCAAUCAGAAAUGGGACUUUGCCAGAACAAUAUUUGUAGGGAAGUCG